AAAAGCAGCGUAUAAUUAGUGACGAAAAGAAAAGAUCGCGCAAAAAGGAGCGAGAUGAGAGGAGCUCCAAUUACAUUUUUCUACGCUUCGCAUCUUUUCUCUUCUUUUUAUUUCAGAUACAUCCCCAUACCGUUUCGAGCGUAGAAAGUGUGACGGAGUACAGGUGGAGAUGAACGGGGGCUGAGGGGCUGAGGUGGGCUGAGGAGUCAACAAGAGUGCUGCUGCUGCUGAUCGAGCCAACCUAACCCUAACUUGAUGCGAUCAGCAGGCAUCAGCGGAGCGGCCACGGGCCAGACGGACAGUGACGGAACGUCAGCUAGGUCAGGCGAGUACGCGUACACGCGUACCCCUCUCGGCGAGGUCGUUAGCUGGUAGCGUCGCGAAUGACUCGGUCGUAGCAGCGUCGACGCGAAAUUAUGGCGAGCCGCGGUAGGAAGACCGACGAUUCAUGCCGUCGGUCGUCGUUGCCGAAACGCUACAUGUGGUGCUCAUCGUCUGACGAGGAGGAGCAAGAGGAGAAGGAGGAGACGGCCACGGUCACCACCUUCGUCUUCGGCCUCGCCACCCCCUGGCGGCCCGUGGCGGCGUGCAAGAACGCCAAGAACCUUCCGUCGCCGUCGGGGAACGAGGCCGUCUUUCCGCCGUCCUCGCCGUCCGACGAGGAGAAAAUGACCCCCGAGCGUUGCCGGGACACUCAGUCCAGGAACAACCCGUCGCCGACGUCUGACCGCUUCGGCAGGAGUCGCGUCGAUCCCGUCGAACAGUCGACAGGUCAAGACUCGUCGUCGCGUCGCGACAGCAACCCCUUCAGUUUUAAGGCCUUCCUGAAGAAUGGCACGCAGCAGACCAACUAUCACAACACCGGGGCAAGGCCCAAGGUCUACUCGUCCACCACGUCGAGCCCCGGCAGCGUCCUCGACAAGGACAACGUUGGCGGCGGCGGCGGCGGUGGCGUUUACUCCGGCCGAAACCCGACGGAGCUGCCGGACUUUGUGCAGGAUCACCUGGUCAUCGAGCAGUGUUACUUGAAUCACGAGAACAGUCAGCCGGUACUGCCCGACGUGGAUAAUCUGCCGGAUUUCGCGCUGAACAGCAUGGAACAAAGGCAGCAGUCCCGAUUGCGGGGCGAGACGAUGAAGAACGACUCCGACGUCCUGUGCGACGAUCUACGAUCGUUUGAUCUCACCGACACGCUGCACAAAGGCUUGCCGCACAGAGAUCAUUCCGCGUCGAACGCGAUGCAUUCGAAUCACUUGGAUCUGCCUAUGUUCGAGGAUAGACUCAACGAAACCGCGCCUUCCCUUCCCCGUCCUGAGCACAGAGGAUUUCCAUUCGAUUUACCGUUACCCUUUCACGACUCUAAUCCCAAUAUAAAUGCAACCUCACGAGACGAUCUCCCGUCAGGAGGUGAGGCGAGCGUCCAUAAAUCUCUGCCAGACUUUUUAAGCGACGGUCCUAUACAUAAUAGAUCUACAGAUUCGGAACCUACCGCGAGCAUGGCAGAAUCCACGGAGAGAAGGCUUUUGCUCGAGAACGAAAUAUUACGUCAGCAAUUGGAGGCAUCUCGAAGACAACUUGGUGAAAAAAUGGAAAGAAUUCGUUCGUUGGAGGCCGAUGUGUUGUCUAAAAAGGAAGUCGAACACGAAGAAGCUGUGCACUUGGAAAAAGCGAUGGAGCAGGUCGAGGAUAACUUAAAACGAAGUACAAAGCGAGCAGUUAAUGCCGAAAGCACUGUCACAUCAUUGAAGAAAGAAAUUAAGGUUUUAACGACAGAGAUAUCUCUGCUACGAAUGGAGAACAGUCAACUUCGAGCCGGUAUCUCAGCAGCUGGGCAAAGUGAAACGACGGCUGGUGCCGUCAACAUGAAUCGCACGGUCAGAAGGCUCGCGCAUGAUUUAUUCGCGGCUGCAUCGUCGGCUGAAGUGUCUCUCAGACAAUUAAUGUCCGGCGUGGACAAUCUGAGAGUACUCGCGUCGACCCUCGAAAACGUGGACAGGAUAGAAGACUGGACCAAAGACUUUUUACCUGAUUCCGAUGAGGACAAUGCCGCCGGUCCCGCAGUAUAAUAGAAUUUUCUCUCUUUCUCUCUCUCUUUAUAUAUAUUAUAUAUAUUCGUAUUUUCACACUAUUUCCCUUUUUAUCACUUCACCAUGUAUCCCAUCACCCCGUAAUUUCACUGCGCAUCCACUGAUGACAAGUUGAUCCAUGCAUUGAUCGAUUUAACACGUUAAUGCAUUGCUGCGCAAUGCGUUGAUACAUUGAACGCAAUGAGAAUUCAUUAUCCAAUCGUUAUCAUUCGUUGCAGAAUUUUUAAUUCCCAUUUCCUCCUGCUGCCCAGAUAAACAUUCUAACGCAAGAUCGUUUUGAUUCGAACGUAUAAAUAUAAAUAUACAUUAUUUGUGAAAGACCCGUUAUAUUUUUGUAUUUGUGACACGUUGUAAAAUUUAUUCAGUCACAUCUAUGACGACGCAAAGAUGCAGAUACAUUUCCGACGUUAUCGUGACUUUCCUCGAUUUAAAGGAAUAUAUUUUCUUAGUUGUAUAUUGUA